CUCCCUCAUGUCGGCUUCACAGAUCCCCAAUCUCAACACCCUGCGCCGCGGCGGAGGUCGCGGUCGCUUCCGCGGUCGAGGCGGAGGCGAGACCGGACGAGGAGGGGGGUCUGCCUCCAAAGACCGCGUGGUGCAAGGCACUGACAAUGACGCCAGCGUCUCCCGCCUCAGCGCGGUGAACCUGGGCUAUCUCGAAGACCCAUUUGCUUCAGCCCUGUGUCCUCCAGGGCAAGAAACCCGUCGUCUGCCGAUUAUCAACCGAGGCACCUACGUCCGCACCACAACAAUCGACCACCUCCUCACGCACUUCCUCCACUCCGCAGUAACCCACCACCAUACAAACAACCAGGCCACCCCUCCAUCACAACCCACCUCUCCCGCUGCUCCGAAGAAACAGAUCAUCUCCCUCGGCGCCGGCUCCGACACCCGCAUCUUCCGCCUCCUGACCUCCCUCCCGCCCUCGCACCACGCAUCCCUCGUCUACCACGAACUCGACUUCUCGGUCAAUACCGCGGCGAAGAUCCGCGCCAUCCGCGCCUCUCCACUCCUCCAGCGCGCGUUGGGGUUGGGCGCGGGCGCAGGACCGGGGUCUCCAUCCCCGCACGAUGUGACCAUCUCCCCGGCUGCCGAUGCACUGCACACCCCACACUACCAUCUUCAUCCUGUUGAUCUUCGGCAGUUGGCUGCAUUAGCAUCGUCGAGAUCGCCGGCUGCAAAAGCGGGAGGAGGAGGAGCAACAACCACCACCACCACCACAACAACAACAGCAGCAGCAGCGGCAGCGGCAGCGGCAGCACUCGACCUCCAAACCCUCCUCCCAGGCCUUGACACCAGUCUACCCACCGUCUUAAUCUCAGAAUGUUGUUUGAUCUACCUCGAGCCAGAGGAAGCGGAUGCUGUAGUGGAGUUCUUCACGGGAGUGUUUUCAGCCCCUACCACCACAAGCACCGCAACCGCAACCACAACCGCAACCCCCCUAGGCCUCAUCCUCUACGAACCCAUCCGCCCCGACGACGCUUUCGGGAAAACAAUGGUCUCCAACCUCGCGACACGCGGGAUCCAGCUGCAGACGCUGCAUCGGUACGCGAGCCUGGCGGCGCAGCGGGAACGGCUCCGCGCGCAUGGGUUUGUGGACGGGCAGGCGGCGGCGGAUGUGGAUUUCCUGUGGGAGCGCUGGGUGGGCGAGACGGAGAAGGAGCGGGUCGCGGGGCUGGAGAUGUUGGAUGAGAUGGAAGAGUGGCGGUUGUUGGCGCGGCAUUAUUGCGUGGCGUGGGGGUGGAGGGCGGGUGUAGAUUCCAGGGUGAAUGUGUUUGAGGGGUGGGGGUUAUUGGAGGGGCAGCGGGAGUGAUACUGCUUUUUGGGUUUAGAGAUGGGAG